AUGGACCGAAAAGAGAAUUGUACCGGCGAUCCAAGAACAAGCGACCUGGAGUCCUGUCGACUAGAUGUGGGUAGUCGUGUGCCAUCCAUGGAAGGUCAGAAAGCUAAUUGUGAACUACGUAUUCAACAGCGUGCUAUUCAUCUUGACAAGAGGAAAGCUACUCCGAAGAAGCCAGCCCCGAAGGCUGCUCCCAAGCCUGCCCCGAAACCUGCCCCGAAACCUGCUCCGAAGAAAGCAGCUCCGAAACCUGCUCCCAAAAAGGCUGCCCCCAAGCCAGCUCCGAAGAAAGCGGCCCCGAAACCUGCCCUGCAGAAGGCUGCCCCUAAGCCUCCUCCUCCGAAGACUGCCCCCAAGGCUGCUCCGAAAAAAACGGCAUCUAAACCUGUCCCGAAGAAAGCAACCCCCAAAUCCGUCCCGAAGAAGGCGGCGCCCAAGCCUGCUCUAAAAAAGGCUGGUCCCAAGCUAUCUCCGAAGAAGGCUUCCUUUAAGAAAGCCACCCCGAAGCCUCCUACAAAAAGUGCCUUGAAGAAGGCUGCUGGAAAGCCGGCCUCAAAGGGGCAUUUCCCGGCCAAGAAGACCGGUCCAAAGUCUGGACCCAAGCCUGGGCCGAGGAGACCUGCUGCAAAGGCUGAGCCUAAGAAGGCAGUACCAAAGAAGGUAGCACCAAAGCAAGGUGCAGCAAGGAAGUCUCCUCCGAAAGAUGCACGCAAGAAGUACCGAAGACUGUCUCUAAAGGGCCGGGAUAAAAAAAAGGCGACACCCAAGAAAGUUACGGCCAUCAAGAAGCCUUCCGCUAAUAAGAAGCCUUCCGCUAAUAGGAAGACUUUAAGCCACAAGAAGGCUGCGGGCAAUAAAAAAGCUAUUGACAACAAGAAGGCUGCGGGCAAUAAGAAGGCAGCAGGGAAGAUUGCCAACAACAGAAAGUCUCCCGGUAACCGGAAGGCUGCCAGCAAUAAUAAAGAUGUAGGAAACAGGAAGCUUGCAGGAAAUAAGAAGCCUGCAGGAAAGAAGCUUGCUGGUAUCAAGAAGGCUCCUGGCACCCAGACCCCUGCGAGCCGAAAGAAGGCUGCUCCUGGCAACAAGAAUGCUGGGGGCAAGGGCCAAGCAAACCGGAAGGCUACCAGUAGCAAGAAGAAGAUAGGUGAGAGUAAGAAUCCCGCCAAUAGGAAGAACAAAGCUGCAGGCAGCAGGAAGGUUACUGGCAGCAAACAGAAGGCUGGCCGAAAGAAUAAGGCUACCACUGGCAGCAGGAAAGCUGCUGGUAAUAAGAAGGCUGCUAGCAACAAGAAGGAUGCUGGCAAAAAGAACAUUACCAACAGCAAGAAGCAUCGCGGAUACAAGAAGACUCACCGAACCCAAAAGGCUCUUAAUAAUAAGAAGCCUCUCGGCAGACAGACUUCCGGUAAUAAGAAAGCUCUUGGAAGCAAGAGCCCUACUGGCAAUAGGAAAAAUUCCGAAGACAAGAAGAUCACGAAAGCCCCGGGCGAUAAGAAAUCAGCGCCAGGGCUCUGCACUAUCGGAAAACUAGGAAAGCGGUUAGACUGUGAUGGUGCUGGAAGCAGCUAA